CACAAAGUUGCUGCUAUGAUUUUGUUUUUGAAAUGCAGCCCCCAUCCCUGCCCUCCUGUAUUUGAGGCGGUAACGCAAGCCGUUGGAGGCAGACCCCGUUCCCCAGCCUCCCGCUCCGCCCCGGCUUCGUCGCGCCGCCGAGGGCAGAGGCGGCGGGGGCGGGGGGCGGGGGGCGGACGGCGGGCACCCGGGUCCCUCGCGCGGCCGGAGCGCAGCAGCCCCGGCCCGGAGCCCCGCAGGCCAGGCUUCCGCCCGUGCGCCCCGCCGGCCCCCGGAGCCCGGUCGCGGGGACCCGGCCUCGGAACCACCCGCCGCCGCCACCGCCUAUCAGCGGAGCUCAGGGGCGGGGCCGCGGGCUCCUCCGCAGCUCGGCCAGCGGGCGGGGACGGGCGGGGGACCGACCGCCGAGCAGCCGGGGCGGCCGCGAGCAGACACCGGGCCCGGCUCCCGAGGGCGCCAUCGCGGCCCCGGGCAGCGCGAGCAGCCGGCCAGCGCGCGGCCUGCCGUUGGCGGCCUUGCCCGCCGCGCUCGGCUCCCAUCCGCCCCCGAAGUGGGGUCGAGGCCCCCGGGAAGAUGGUGUCCUGGAUGAUCUCCAGAGCCGUGGUGUUGCUGUUUGGAAUGCUUUACCCUGCAUAUUAUUCCUACAAAGCUGUGAAAACAAAAAACGUGAAGGAAUAUGUUCGGUGGAUGAUGUACUGGAUUGUUUUUGCUCUCUAUACUGUGAUUGAAACAAUAGCAGAUCAAACAGUUGCUUGGUUCCCCUUGUAUUAUGAGCUUAAAAUCGCUUUUGUCAUAUGGCUGCUGUCUCCCUACACCAAAGGAGCAAGUUUAAUAUAUAGAAAAUUCCUCCAUCCCCUUCUGUCUUCAAAGGAAAGGGAGAUUGAUGACUACAUUGUACAAGCAAAGGAACGAGGCUAUGAGACCAUGGUCAACUUUGGACGGCAAGGCCUAAACUUAGCUGCUACUGCUGCUGUCACUGCAGCCGUGAAGAGCCAAGGAGCAAUCACUGAACGUUUACGAAGUUUCAGCAUGCACGAUCUAACAGCUAUCCAAGGGGAUGAGCCUGUGGGGCAAAGGCCAUACCAACCUUUACCAGAAACAAAAAAGAAAAGUAAACCGACCGCCAGUGAAUCAGCAGGUUAUGGAAUUGCUCUGAAAGAUGGGGAUGAGAGAACAGAUGAAGAAGCAGAGGGCCCGUAUUCAGAUGAUGAGAUGUUAGCACACAAAGGGCUUCGAAGAUCACAAAGCAUGAAAUCUGUGAAAACCAUCAAAGGCCGCAAAGAGGUGCGGUAUGGAUCACUAAAAUAUAAAGUGAAGAAGAGACCACAAGUGUAUUUUUAGUCAUAUAGCAAUCAAGUAACCCAAGAAAAAUUAUGAUAUAAAUUUUUAUAACAUCAUAUUUGAGAUUUACAUAUUAAAAAUACUUCUUUACCUUGCGGUGGUGAAAGGUUUACUCUUAUCAAUUUAAAUGCCUUCUAUUACUUUAAUAAUUAUUUCCAAAUUUUGACUACUAAUCAUAAUAGUUAAAAUCUUUUACAUAUAUGUAAUACGAUAUAUAAAAAAUUAUGUUGUUUUUCAAAUUCUUCAAAACAUCAAGUUGUCUGGAAUCUGUGGUGAGACACAAACCCACAGUAUACUUGAAAAAGAGCUUUGGCUGUUUUUUUUAUUUUUAGGGUUCAAGAUACAUCAACCUUUGUAGUAUUGUACUGUGCUUACUUGCACUUACUCGUAUACUUAUCACAUAAGGCCAAUAAUUAAAUAGACUUCUGACCCAACAGUGGUAGGACAUACUAUAAAAUAAGGUAUAUUGUAUACUAUUUAAAUUUUAACUUUUUAAUACUUAACUAGUUUUUCUACCAUCAACUGAAUGUCUUCUAGAACAAAAUCUGAACAUCAGAUACCCACAUAGCACUUUUAUUCUUGACUAGUUUUGCACACUUGAGAAUUGUUUACUCAUUUUGCAACUGUACAUUUGUUUUAUUGACACUAUCUUUGUUGUUACUGGUAUUACCCUGGCACGACAGAUUUAUGCCUUGAAUUGUGUCAUCUCUUUUCUUGUGGGUUUCAUUUGUUCAAUUGAUUUGAUUUCAAUAUAUAUAUAGCCAACUAUUCAAUUAAAAUUAUAUCUAUGCUUUUCUUUACAGAUCUUAAGCAGCUUUCCAUAAUUUAACUCUACAUUGUAGUUGAACUAAGCAUUUUUUUGUUAGCGCUACUUAUACUUCCAACUUUUAAAAGGAAUAGAUUUUGUGAAAUAGAGUUAGAGACUAGUUUAGUACAUACAUAGGUCUGUUGUAAGUCAUGAAAUUACCCAACAGUUAAUUCAUUUGCAAACCUGGCAUUGAUAUAUGCUGCUGGUUUAUAAAUCUGGUUAUGAUUGGAAUUAUUUGACUAACUUCUUGAGAGAUUAUUUCCUAAGUAUAAAUGCCAAUGUAAAAUACAGAUGUUAGUCUUACAUACUAGAACCUACUAGAAAAAUGACAUUUUUAUCUAGGAGAUUUUGAGUUACUGAACUUCAAGUUUUAUUUAUUUAUUUUUUUAGAUUAUAUUGAUAACUAUCCAUUAUGAACUCUAAAACAGUAUACUUCCAAUAAUGACUUUAGUGAUCAGUAAUCAGAUUUGGACAAAUACACUUGUUCAUAUAACUUACUUGACUUUUAUACUAGUUUGUCCAAAAAGGAAAAAAAAAAUUUGAGAGAGAUUUGUGAACUCUGACUUUUCUACCUUUUAAAGAAAGAAACUAAGCCAACCAGCAAUAUAUAAUCAGGGCCUUCAAAGUAUUGGUAGAGAACAGAAUGUUUACAUAGGAAUGCCUUAGUGUAACUCAUACAUUUCUCUUGAUACUUAAAAAAUAUUCUCUGGAGUCGGGCGGUAGCGCAGCGGGUUAAGCACUCGUGGCGCUAAGCUCAAGGACUGGUGUAAGAAUCCCAGGUAGAGCCCCCAGCUCCUCACCUUCAGGGGAGUCGCUUCACAAGCUGUGAAGUAGGCCUUCAGGUGUCUCUCUCUCCCCCUCUCUGUCUUCCCCUCCUCUCUCCAUUUCUCUCUGUCCUAUCCAACAACGACGGCAUCAGUAACAACAAUAACUACAACAAUAAAACAACAAAGGGAACAAAAGGGAAUAAAUAAAUAAAUAUUUAAAUAUAUCCUCUAGGGAGUCAGGUGGUAGCGCAGCGGGUUAAGCGCACCAUGGUGCAAAGCACAUGGACCAGUGUAACGAUCCAGAGCCCCGGCUCCCCACCUGAAGGGGAGUCGCUUCACAGGUGGUGAAACAGGUCUGCAGGUGUCUAUCUUUCACUCCCCCUCUCUGUCUUCCCCUCCUCUCUCCAUUUCUCUCUGUCCUGUCCAACAACAAUGACAUCAAUAACAACAACAAUAAAACAAGGGCAACAAAAGGGAAUAAAUAAAUAAAUAUUUUAAAUGUAUCUUUAAAAUAAUAUCCUCUAGAUUAUUUCAUCUUCUUGAUUUACAAACACUAAGUAAAAAUUCAUUCAGUUGCUUUUCUCUCAAAAUGUAAUACUAUCUUCAUUUACUUUACUGGCCUCUUAGACUUAUUGUAUUAGAAUUUGAUCUGCUGUGCCUAGACUUAUCAUUACAAAUGCCACAUCAACUUUGUCUUCUUUGUAAAAGCAAAUGUCAUCUCACAUUGCCUGGCAAGGUCAUGUGACUGAUUUUGUAUUAAAAAUAAUACAAAAUUUUGUAAUAAUAUGGGAGCUGAUUUAUACUGUUUGUCCCCAAGGCUAAGCCCAUUGUUAAAACUGUUAAUUAUUCACGUCAUGUGUUCAACCAUGACUGUUUACCAGCCACCCUAAUUCUUCAGUUAUAGUAAACUCAUACUCUUCAAAUGGAAGAACUAUUUAUUCCUCUGUACUGCUAGCAUUACAACAUUUACUCAAAGACAAUAUCACUCUCAAACAGUUGAUGCAAAUCCUCCUUAGUUAUGGAAGAUGUGGUAUAGCCGCAGAAAGCUAACCUUGGGCACUGAGCGGUAGCACAGCAAGUUAAGUGCACAGAGUGUGAAGUGCAAGAAACCUCUCAAGGAUCCUGGUUCAAGGCCCCAGUUCCCCACCUGCAUAGGGGUCAUAGGGGUCGCUUCGCAAACGGUGAAGCAGGUCUGCAGGUGUCUAUCGUUAUCUUCCCCUCUCUGUCAUCCCCUCCUCUCUCAAUUUCUCUCUGUCCUAUCCAACAUCAGCAGCAAUAACAACAUUAACAACAACAAUGGAAAAGAAAUGGCCACCAGGAGCAGUGCAUUUGUGAGACCCUGGACUCCAUUUCUGUUCUCAUAUAAUUGUGUCCCUUUGCCAUCAAAAUGCUUCCUCCUAUAUUUCUCGUAUAUCCUUACACACAGUCAGUAUCAUUUUGUUAUUCUGUCUUUCCUUCCUCUGCUUUUCUUAUGGUUCUUAACUUAUGCAUAUUUUUUCUUGUGUAUGAGCGUGCUCUAAGGUGGAGUAGGUAUCUUUUUAUAUCUCCCUGCUUUCUGAGUCUUGAGUUUCUUUUUGAAAGAUACAUUCCUGGCUGCAUCCCUAGACCACCGGUGCCUUGCUUCCCCACAGCCACCACUUGGUGAUUGAGCACCGAAUGCUGCAUCAGCCUAUUUAGGUCACUGUUUUGGUAGCUGUUAAAACUUAACCUAGAGCUUGUAGCUGAUUUUUACUUUAUCUUGUAUUCAUUUGACUUUUCAGUAACUAUUUCUAGAGUUUGUUUGGAGUAAGGGUUGAUUUAUUCUUUAGUUUACCUUAUGUUUUUUUUUCCCAGUAUAAAAAUGCACCAGAAAUAAACUCUAUUGCUUAAGUAAUUAUGUAAGUCUACAUAGGUCCGGCCUAAAGUUCCCUCCACACAUGUCACUAAUAUAGAUGUGGAUUUGGCUUGAAAAGCAUACUACUAGGUUGGUUACUAAUGAUAAAUACUUGACUAACCAGAUUGAAGGAACAAAGUUAUUUAAGUGUUUUCAGGGAACUUAAUCCAUACUUCACCACCAAAGACUUCUACAGUAUUAAAAAAAAUGUAAAUAUUCCAAAUUUUCUGUAAUGCAUUGGUUAAGUGAAUGAUUGGCUUGUUGUUUUGAAAAGUGAUUUUGUACUUUUUUUUUGAAUGCUUGAAUGUUUGCAUUUUUAAAAGACAAUACAGUACUACCUUAUGUAUAAAAUAUCAGUCAUUGUUUGAAUUGGACUAAAUUUUUUGUUUUGAUUUCUCACAUGAGGAAAACUAAAGAGUCAAUACCUACUGAACAGCAGUUUUUAUCUUUUCUCCUACUAGGUUGACUCAUUGGCAAAUCAAUUAGGUAAAAUUUGAGAUUGUUACAGUAUUUCCUCUGAAAGUAAAACUAUUUGAAAAAAAGUUCUGCUUUUUUUUUUAACAAUUCUAACAGUGAAUCUUCUAAUAUUAUCUUAUAGACUUAUUGUAUAGCAACUCUUUAAACAGUGACUUUGGAUUACCAUUUUAUCUUCUAACAUCUUAUAAAUCUGUAUACCUUAGCAGUUAUGAGAAAGUAGCUUUGCAAUUUUUGGAUUUUUUUUUUGUAAAGAUUAUCUUUAAGCUUUGGGGUAAUUUUACAAAUGUGUUUUGUGAAAACUUUAAUAUAAAAUAAACUCAUUUGUUAGUGAUGA